AGCUGUUUUUUGUUCAAGCUGCGCGCUGUUGCUGUCUGCCGAGCCAGCCGUUGCGCCUCGUGAGGCCACAGAUGACGGGCGCGGCGGGGGACGGCGCCGCAGGUCACCAGGCAGCCUCCACAGUUGGCGGCUCUCGCACGGCUUUGGCUCGCCGCACUGGCAGGAGCACAGUGGCUACAUCUAACGGGGGCCGAAAGGCAGGCGGCGAGGGUGGAAUCCUGAAGUUCUACACUGACGACGCCCCAGGGCUGAAGGUUGGCCCUACCACGGUUCUGGUGCUGUCCCUCGUCUUCAUGGCCAUUGUUUGCUCCCUGCACAUCCUGGGCAAGUUCCGCGGCAGCUGAGGAGCCUGGCAGCAGCUGGCGCUGGCAGCGGCAACGCAAGGGUUGCCUUGCCGAUGGGCCCAUGAUGCCUUGAUGUCCAUCCAAGGUCUCCGGGCGGGCGCUCUCUUGGCAGCCUGCAUUCUAGCACAGCUGUCACCCACAGCCUCAGGAUGGGAAGACAUUAUGUAGGUUUUGCCCUUGGUGGCGGCGGCGUUGAUGUUUGUUGUCAUUGUCGCAGAGGCUGUGGUCUGAUUUCCACCGCCCGUGGUCCAGCCCAUUCGAAUGCUUGAACGCCUGCGCGCCCGCUUUCAUAUGAUCCGUCCUUCCGACCCGCCAGUUUUUGUCCCGCCAGCCCAGCGAUCCACGGGGUCCCGACAGCCGCCGUUGUCGUCGUCGUCGUUAUCGUCGUCGUCGUCGUCGUCGUCGUCAUUGCGUCGUCAGAUCCCUCAACCCUUUCCCGUUUCACGAACUCUCUCACGACCUCAGGCUCUCAGAGCGCGUCUCGGGCACCAGGACCUGCGCGGGUCGAAUUGUCGCUGACAAUCCAACGUAAAGAUGGGUCGCGCGCACACAAUGAACCCACGAAAAACAAACUCUCCCCCUUCGCCAGGGCGACACCAGGUGUCGAGUAUGGUGGGCCUUGCCCCACCGGCCCUCCGUGAAAUCUUCCUCUGUUCCUUCUCCCGCCCUCCCGAGGGGACGAUGGGAGAGGGCGAGGAGGCGGUGAGGUACGAAGGGGUAACCAACUCCAGCCCGAGGCAGGAAAGCGGUCCUUAACGCUCGCGCUCCCCCUGUUGCAGUCGAACGGGCUUAACCUUGGCCAGAGACAAGGGUGCUGGGGCAGAUCCUGGGGUCUUCUCCCUGAUGGCCUUGACCUUGGGCCUUGGAGUGGCACGAGCUUGGGGGCUCGGGGGAAGUUCGACUUGGCGCAGGAAGCUGUGGAGGAGGGCGGU